AUGAUGGAACACGCUGGACUGGGAAAGAGCUACUGGGGUGAAGCAGUGAUGACGGCGAUGUUUCUUCGAAACCGCUGUCCAACACGUGCCAUUCACCAAGACAAGUCUCCAUAUCAAGUGUGGACGAUGAAGAAACCGAUUCUGGCCAACCUUAAAGUGUUUGGAUGCCACGCGUAUGUUCAAGUGCCUCAAGACAAACGCGCGAAGUUCGACUCCAAGUCAUCACUCUGUCGUUUCCUGGGAUACGCCGAACACCAGAAGUCAUAUCGAUUUGAGGAAGUGUCAACAGGAGCGAUCAAGAUCAGUCGCGAUGCCACAUUCAUGGAAGACAAGUUUGAUGAAGGUCCGCGCAACUACAACGAUGAGUCAAGUGCCGUUGAGUUUGAUGAUCAAGACGAGGACGAAGAAAAAGAAGAAGGUAAAACUGACGACGACAUGGACUCGAGCGACGAUGACAACGAAGACACCAGGUCUUCGAAGAGCAACAUCAAGAGACACACGCGCACUCAAUCACUUGAGAAAGCUACCGUCAUUCCAAGUCCCAAGCGAAGAACGUACAGAGGUCCGUCGCUUGAGCAUGUGUCAGCGGCUGCAAUGGAUUUUGAAGCAGCCUACAUCGUUGAUUCAGUGGGGGAAACGCCGACUACAUUCAAGUCGGCGAUGGAAUCAAGCGACUCCGGCAAGUGGAAAGAAGCGUGUGACUCGGAGUUCGACUCGCUUCAGAGAAACGACACGUGGGAAAUCGUGCCUCUUCCGAAAGGUCGCAAGGCCAUCGGGUGCCGAUGGGUUUUUCGUGUAAAGGAGAAUCAAGAUGGCGAAGUUGAACGUUUCAAGGCAAGACUUGUGGCCAAAGGAUUCUCACAGAAAUUCGGAGUUGACUAUGAAGAAACUUUCGCACCGGUGGCCAAGUUCACAUCGAUUCGUGUGGUGCUCAGUAUGGCGGCCAAGUACGGCCUAAUGCUACAUCAGAUGGACGUCAAGACAGCGUUUCUUAACGGCUCCCUCAACGAAGACAUCUACAUGGACCAGCCGGACGGAUACCUGGAUGCAACACAGCCGGACUAUGUGUGCAAGCUAAAGAGAUCACUCUACGGCUUGAAGCAAUCGCCUCGCAUGUGGAACCAAACAAUCGAUGGGUUCAUGAUCAAGAUGGGAUUCAAGAAGUGCGAAUCGGACCACUGCAUCUACAUCAAGCGAGACGACCAAGACAUGAUUCUCGUGGUGCUCUACGUCGAUGAUCUCAUCCUGGCCAGCAGCAACAACGAACUCCUCAAGUCGACCAAGAUGGCGCUGAGCAAACGCUUCGAAAUGACGGAUCUCGGUGAGCUCGAUUACUUUCUCGGCAUGGAGAUCAAGAACGACCGUAAGACGGGAAUGGUGACUGUGCAACAAACCAAGUUUCUCAAGUCCGUGUUGACCAAGUUCGGAAUGGAUAACAGCAAGCCAGUGAAGACGCCUCAAGAUCCCGGCCUGAAGCUAACCAAGAACAUGUGUGAACAAGAAUGCAAGCACGAAGACACCAUAUGCAACGUGCCAUAUCGAAGUGCUGUCGGAGGCAUCAUGUAUCUCAUGGUCGCCACACGUCCGGAUCUAGCUGCUGCAGUGGGAUCAUUAUCCCAGUUCUCGUCCGACCCAUGCCCGACUCACUGGCAAGCUUUGAAGAGUGUGCUGAGAUACCUGCAAGCAACGCCCAAUCAUGGUCUUGAGUUUACACGUGAAGAAGGAAGCCGUAUCUGCGGGUACACCGACGCAGACUGGGCCGGCGACAUUGAGUCAAGACGAAGUACAAGCGGCUAUGUGUUCAUGAUGAACGGAGGAUGCAUCAGCUGGAAAAGCCAGAAACAACGGACGGUCGCGCUAUCUUCAACAGAAGCAGAAUACAUGGCGCUUUCCGAAGCAACCAAAGAAGCAGUAUGGCUCAAGGUGCUUUUGGGGGAACUUGGUGAGAUGACAAGCGACGAAGCGAUCAAGAUGUAUGAAGACAACCAAGGAUCAAUCGCUCUCGCCAAGAACCCGGAGUUCCAUAAGAGAACAAAACACAUCGACAUACGCUACCAUUUUGUGCGUGAGAAGGUGGAAUCAGGUGAAGUCGUUUUGGAGAAUCGCCCGACUCAAGAUAUGCUGGCAGACAUGAUGACCAAGCCGAUCGCCGCUGUACAAUUUGAAAACAUUCGCGAUCGACUUGGGAUCCAAGGUACCGCAGCUAACGAGUCGAGAGGGAGUGUUGAAAAGACAGCGGCUGUGAAGAAGACACCUCGUCAAGCUGCGUCAAGUGUUGAAGCAAGUGGAAGACCAAGCUUCGCUAUACCGGUGGGUACCGGUAUGUACCAGUAA